CGGCAACUCCGCAGUCAGACGGGCACCGGCGACCAACACGCAUCGGCAGCGACGCGUUGCUCUGAUAAAAGCGGCAGCAAAGAAUACGAAAAAAGUUCAAAGAAAACAUAUGUAGAUAUACGCUUAUACAUAUUGUAUAGUACGGUAGUCGGUAUUAGUUGCGAGUUUCUCGGCAUUCUAACAAAAUAAACGAAAUGAACUGAUACCAAAUCGAGUUGUCGCAACUGCAACUGGCCACGAUUAACGAUUGUCAUUGAAAAAGGUGCAGCAGCCAAUCAUCAUUGAACCGGCGACCAGCAACAGCAGAUAUCCAAGAUCCUUGAGCAACAUGAGCAACACCAUGACCGCCGCCCAUGAGCCGACCAUGCACUAUCUGGACAGCAUCUUGAAUGAGGAGGAGAAGCGCUGCGAUCAAUACUCGCAUCAAUGGCGCAAUUUCACAAUAUCACGCUCGGGCCGCUUCAGGUCGAAGAACAAGAAACGGGAUGUGGUCGAUGGGAAACUGUUCGAUGGCAAGGAAAAUGAUAAGAUCUCAGCGCGCAAUACAACCAGCGCCAUGUCCAAAUCAUCCUGCUCCUAUAAUACAAAUACUACGACUGGCGGCAGUGCAGCGACAACAACAGGAACAUCAUCGGUGCGGAGUCAACGUGACAAAACGGAGAGCUAUAAAAGUUUUUACGAAACAAAUUUAUAGAUAGUGCCGGGG